GCACAGAGAGGAAAGUUCCUGUGCUGUCAGGUCGGUAUGUCCCUGACUGCUCUUUGUUUCAUCUUCAAGGACUGGCCCACAGCAGCAGCGAGCCUAUUGUGCGCUCUAAGUUGGCGUGAACGUGGAUUUAGUUUGAAAUUGCGCACAGUAGUAUGAGGGCGAACUGUGGAGAGAUCAGCGAAGGUUGACUCUGGGGGGAAAAAAAACUGUCAUGAACGCAGAGCGCCUUCGUCUUUCUCUUCUUUUCCUGAGCGCCUGGCGGCCUGUUUCCUCAUGUUAGAGCUCCGCGGAGAGACAAUAUGGCGCACGGUGUCUGGUUUGAUAGGAGAGGCCGUGUGCGCAUUGCAAUUAUUUUGUGGUCUCGAUCUCUCUGUGACACUGGCUUACACCAGUCGUGAAACAUCAACUGUGAAAGGGGGAAGACGCAGAAAUUAUGCAAAUUUUAAAAACAGGUCAAACAUUCGCUUGUGCUUGCUGAAUCAUGAAGUUUUUAUGUAAAAAUCAGCGAAUGUCAGAAACUUCACCUGGACGUGCGUGCGUUUGCGUAUGGUAACCCAUGUGUGCGUGCGUGCUUAUGAGUGUGCGCGCGAGCGUGCGAGUGCGAGCAGGGUGAGUGUCACGGCCCUCUGCAGACGGGGGGUUGGGUAGCAGUGCCGAUUGGUUGCUGCUCACCAACACAGUCAGUCUAGGCUUGUUUUAACAUAACCGGGGGCACUUCGACAGCAGGCAAAAAGCAUGUAGUAAAUAAGCCGCUGUGGAUAGUAAGGGGACCGGGGAUGGCACACUGAACUCGCCGCUGUAUGAUGUUGCAGCGUACCGGACAUUUACUUGCUAUUUUGUAACUAAGGUGACAGUUUUUCAGGGGCCGCCGCUGAUGAGGCGAUGAAGUGCAGAGAAUGAGAGCUGUGCCUGGGCCUACUAGUGCUGCUGCGGCUGGGAUUGUGCAGGACCGCUCUCACAAACCGAGAAAAAUACUCGCUUUGUGCUUCAUUUUCACACAGCUGCUGUUGGUUUCAUGCUGACCGACCUCCAAAUGGUGAGUUUUUCUCGCUUUCUCCACGUGUUGUGAACUUAAAAGGCGAUGAGCUCGUUUUGUGAGUUAAUAGCUUCCUCUGUGUUGCUGUAGCUUGUUUGUGUGAGUGUGUGUAUGUGUGUGUGUGUCUGUGAUGGCUCAGUGUCACUACCUCUACUACAGCCUCAGCGCUUCUUCUCAGUAGACUGUACGAGUCAGCGAUCGCCAUGACCCCCAGUCAUCAGACAAAGCGGGGUGAUUUUCUGAGAGUUUGUGAAUGAAUGUGUGAGAGAAACGGGACAGCGGUUGUGUUCUGGAUUGUGUCUGAGCGGCCUCUAGUUUGGAGGCCAUGCAAUGUCGGCUUAUUUGUGUGUGUGUGUGUGAGUGAGUGAGUGUGCGUCCACUCCAUAGCGAGUGUCUGCUUCUGUCUUGGUUUCUGCCUGCCUGUACUUCUUUAUUUUUACGUGUUUGCUCGCAUGCUUUGUGUCGUACCGUGAACACACAAGACUACAAUCCACUGAUAGAGUGAGCAACUUUGAUAUCUCUCCUCCUAACGCACCUCUGUUUGUGUUUUCUUUCUUUUUUUUCUGACAGGAUACAGUGGUGACAACAUGAAUCAGUCAUACAGACCGCCUGUUAGGGCUCGUUCAGUGUUUGGCUCAGGCCAGCCAGAGCUGAGGCCUCACAAUGGUCUUGUGAGCACUUCCUUUGGAAACCAAUGUGGCAUCUUGAAGCGGGGGUCCAACCAACCCUCAACUGUGCAACUGCCAUCCUCCAGCCUCAAACAAACAGCUGUACCGGGGUACAACCAGUUGGACAACCCGCUGAAGAGGCUGCAGGAGUUGAACAAUGUGGUCAGCAGGCCCGACCUGGGGAGGGACCUCCAUCCAAACAACCACUUCCGCUGUGCAAGCCCCAUCAGUGAUGAUGAUGAGUUUGAAGCACCUUCAGUCCAGCUGCCUCUCUCUCCCGGCGAUGAUGACAUGGAGUCUUUGGAGACGCUGCAGGACGUGAGCAGAAAUGGCUUCUCCUCUCACAGUCCUGAAAGCUUUGAGCGCUAUUCCCCCAUCCCGAAUGGCUACCUGCAUUUCGAGUCCACGCUGUUUGACAGCAGUGACAUUAAAGAUGAAGAUGAGGAGGAAGGGCGCAGCAGUAGUGAUGAGCUGAUGCCUUUUCACCACUCCCCAAAGUUAAGUCAGGACCGAACUGUUUCUAAUAGUGGAAAUACAUGCAGCUCAGUGGGGGAUAAAAGGGCUUACAAACCCACUGUAUUCAAUCUGAUGUCCAAAACUAUAUCUGAACUCAACCCUACACUAAGCCCCAGCGCACUGCCAGACAUCAGCAUGAGAGAAGGGUGGAGUUUGGGUGAGGGUUCAGACAGUGAUGAUGAACUUGCCUCCCCUGUUGACCCUGGACUUAAUUCACCAUGCGGCACCAACUCUAAUGUAAGUGUGAAACACCCAAGACUCUCACUUUUCAUUUACCAAGGUGAAGUUUGCUUUAGUUCCUUAAAGAGAGGCAGACAUAAUGCAUGUGCACUCAGGUGAUGCUGAUGUUUCUGGCCUUGAACCCAUGUCUGUGCCACCCUAAUAUAAUUUUAUCAAUAUUUCAGAUAUGUUUCACCACUAUGGGUUGUUAUUAAGCAUUAAAUAUCGACCACACAAUGUAGUUAUUAAGAUGUAAACUAGCAAACUAAAUAAUUAAUUAAGUGGUCUUUUCUCUUUUGCUGAUUUAUAAUCUCCUGUCAGCCAUGGCGGUGUUUUAAAUGUACCACCAACUACAUAAUAUACUUUAGUUAUAAUACAGUUUCUGCAUUGGUGCUUAAGUAUUUUCCUUGUGUCUUUCAGUCUAACAGCCCAAAGAAAAAGAUUCUUCCUGCAGUGAAAUACUUGGAGGGGGACUUUGUGUGGGCUAAAUUCAACAGGCGGCCAUGGUGGCCCUGUUCUGUCACAUGUGACCCCAAGCAGGGGACCCACACUAAGAUGAAAGGUGAGUUUUCACUGGAUUUGUAUUAAGAUCAUGUCUGACAACUUCACCGCUCCUUGACACCUUGACACUGAUCAUAGAAAAGUGAUUUCGCAGUAUGUGGGGAAAAUAAUAAGUCCACUUCUGAUUGUGUUCUUAGUUCCCAGUCCUCGUCCUUGUCGAAUGUAUUUUUUGGAGACGAUAGGGGAGGUCACAGAGAGAGCCUGGGUCCCGGGGACUGCCGUUCUCCCUUUUGAAGGAGGUCAUCAGUUUGAAGAGCUCCCUGUGCUCAGACGGAGGGGGAAACAGAAAGAGAAAGACUACAAAUAUUCUGUAAUUUUGUGAAAACCCUUGUCUAAUGUCAGAAAAUCCUGUGGAUCCUUGUGGAUAUCAUUUUAAAUGUUCUUUUUUUUCUAUUCCUGGCAGAUACCUAAAAGUUUACUGACAGCGUGGAAAGUCAGUGUGGCAGAAGCAGAGUAUCUCCUCUCAAAUCAUCAAAGAAACAACAAAGGCGGUCUUACCGUAUCUGUCAACGGAGAGGAACGUGUGCCCAGCCCAGUCCCUGCUGAAAAGCCUCAGGAGUGUCCCUCUGUCUCUGUGUAUCCAAAUCAAAUGCCAUCACCCACUAAAGGCCCCAGUGAAAAUGAGCUUCACCUCAUGAAAAACUCCACCCCAUCUCAAUCCAACACGAGCAAAUUCUGUAAGAAGAAGAAGAAAUGUUUGUCGGACAUAUUUGGCCACAUAGUCGGAGGAUCAAAGGAGGCUUCUGCCCUCACGGACAUUACCGAUCACUUUCGUACUACAACUCAUGCACUGAAGGAAGAGCCGAAGGACUCACCGUAUGCAGACCUGGAUUCGGUUCCUAUGCUUCAUCGUCCUAAACGUACAGCAUUGCCUCAAACAUCGGAUGCAGACAAAAUGGUCCCUCCAAAACAGUGUUCAACCAGAGCAAAAACAAAACUUACUGAAAGAGCAAACCAUUUGACUGAUUCCUGUGAGUCCUCUUCUAGUUCAACAAAUAAAAAGUCAUGUAAAGAUACAAACUCUGAUCAGAGUUCUGGCAGCUUCAAUGACGUGACAAACAAUUCAAAUAGAAAGCACUCUAUGACUCUUCCAGCCAGCAGUCGCCUGAUUACAAAGGCUCUGAGAGCAGAGGAGGAGACAGAUACUAAAGAUGCACUGGCAAUGAGCCAAAACUCGACAGAUAACCACACUGGUGAUCGUCCUGAUCAUGCACCCACUAAUACACCCAUCAAAUCUGAAACGUCUCCUCACUGGGAGUCACCCAGCAACGCAUCAUGCUCUACAAACCUCAGCCCCCCAAGACGGCGUGCCAGGAAGCCUGAUAAGAAACACAUUCAAAAUGGCUCUCUGAUUCAGUCCAAGAGUUUAGGCUCAAGUUCAGCCUUUGUGUCACACGUCAAGAUUAAGACCGAAAACUUAGAUGCACCUUCUUCUCCAUCGUCCUCCUUGUCUCCAAUGGAGGCUUUUCAGGAUCCCACGGAACUAACCUUUAAAUCUCUGGUGAAGGAGGACAGCAGUGACUCUGAAUCGGCUGCGUUUCGACCUGAUUCCAACUACAAAUUCAGUACUUUCCUCAUGCUCCUGAAAGACAUGCAUGAUACUAGAGAAAAAGAAGGCAAACCCCUCGCUGUCCCACCAUCACCAGUCCUGAUCAGAGAGGAACCCCUCGUCAUCCCUACGUCUAAAGGAGGAGACUCGCUGAAGGGCUCUCAGGAUAAUUUUACUCAAGGGAUCAAAAUGGAGAGCUGUCAUUCAGUGAAACCCGGAACACCCCAAAACAAAGCUGUGAAAACCAAGAGUAGGACUAAAGCUAUCAUGACAGCCGACACCUACCACUUUGAAGACUUUCCCAUUCACUCAAAGACAGGGGCCUCAGACAAGCAGCGACGAAAACAAAAACUUCCUGCCAAACUCAAACUCAGUAUACCAGACCCUUCUGUGGACACAGCUGAUUUAGCAUAUGGUAGAGAGUUUAUUAGUGGCCGCACCAACUUAGCUGAUCCUGGGUCUGCUGAGCCCUCAGACAGCUACCUCGAGAAGAACUCAGGACCCGCAGUGGCUCCAAAGAAACGCUGGCAGCUGCUGGAUGAGGCUGCUGAGAAUCAGGGUGAAUGUAUGAGUGAGUCUCCGACUGAGCUGAACAGUUCAUACCCAGUGAGAGAAUCACCAGGUUUUGAUCCGGGGGUUGAGAGAAAGGCAGAAAAUGACUCACACUUCUCAGAGACAAGCAGCAAGGCCGGUAAGACACACUGCUGUGUGUCCACAAAGAUACUAAAAUGUGUCAGAAAGAGCUUCUGUAUAUUUAUGUAUUAGUUACCCUUCACCGUCUGAAACUACGAACAUCAUUUUACAUCACUUUGAACUUGGAUAUUUCUUGAAUAUAUUUUAUUUCUUUAUUUUUUUAACAGGACAUUCAGAGAAAAAACGCCUCCGGAAACCAACGAAAAGGCUCCUUGAGUCAACUGAGGACUAUGAACAAAUAUUUGUCACAAAAAGGAAAUCAAGGAAACACAACUCAGAAUCUCCCCAAUUAGUAAGUUCUAUUUUUUUUUCUUUUCCAUACAAGAGAAAUAAUAAUUAUGCAGAUACAUUUGGUUCUUGAAUAAGUUGUGUUAGAGAAGACACUUAAAUCCCUAAAUGUGUUUAGAGAAUGAAGUCUUAAAUGUUUUUAUCACUUUAGCCUGAGCUAUGAUGAUGAAAACAGGGCAUUUUGUGAAGAAGGGCGAGCUAAAGGGUUUGACCUCGAGUGUUGACAGCUGAGGUGGUCCACUAUUCUGAUAUCACUGCAGACACACUGCUCUUUCCCCCUCAUGAUUUUGACUUGUAGUUAAGACUGCUCUCUUAAUACAAUUCUAUUGUCAUUAUACUACAACGUUUAUACCUUACCAUGAAAAUUAACAACUUUUUUAAAGAAUUGUGAUACUAUUCUAAUAAUAUCGUAUAUUUAUUCUUAAAACCUUAAAUUUCUGCAUCCUUAGUGUGACUGUGAUCACCCUAGUAAUUUUGGAACAUAAGACAACCUAAAACUGAACACCUGUACUUUGAUAAGUGUGGGUGAAAUAGAUAAUUGUUGUAUCUUCUUCUUGUUACGUUGGUAUUGCUCUUAGAUGGAUGUUUCUUCUUAGAAAAAUAUCCUCUUAUUAAAAGACAUUAUUCUGUCAUCUUACAUCUUUUAACCCAGUAGGCUGAGUGUUAAAUUUAGAGUAACGUGUCAUUUUGCUGGAUGAUAACAGCCUUUUCAUUCCUUUAUUGGAAGAUAGGACAGUGGGUAGAGUCACACACAGGUGUGAUGAUGUGGCAUAAGGCUGCAGACGGGAGUCAAACCUUGGGCUGCUCCCUCAAGGACUCUAUUCUAUGUGCAUAGGGUCUGUAAUUUAACUGCUGUGCAAGUUCAGUACACUGUGACGUUGCUAAAUUUGCUUGUUAUCGCAGCAUAUCACAGGGAUGGUAGCACUCCACGAUGUCAGUGCCACAGCAGGAACAAAUACCUCCAGUUCAACCUCAUCCUCGUCUUGUGUGGAGCCCGCUAAGACUCCAUCAGAGCUGGAACAGAGUCCAUCUCAUGAUGAGCUUUCUCCUGUAGCACACCCAGUAUCUCCGCUCACAACACAACUCCAGAUUGAUACAAGUGAGGCAGCAGAAGAAACUGAUCUACCUCCAGAACUUGGUAAAUAAAUGUGUUUCAGAAAUGUUUUUAGGUUGUUUUCAUAAAAUAUCUUGAGUGCAAUGUGUGUAAUGCAGUUACUUUCUCAGACAUGGGAUCAGUUCUCCAAGAACGAAAGAGGCCAAGGAAGGUGUCGCACAAGGUGCUGGAGUGUACCAUAGAGGAGGUGUCUGUUUGUUCUACAAAGAGGAAGGUAUGUUUACAGCCAGCUUUGUUUGUGUGUGUGUGUGUGUGUGUGAGAGAGAAAGGUAGCAAAAAAAUAUAUAUUUUUUUGUUUGUUUUAUUAAAUAUUUACUUGGUAUCUGACAUUUUGUGUUUUAGGAGCCAAAGCGAACCAAUGGAGUUACUGCAGAGGUGAAGGUGUCAGUCAAGAGAACUCAGGUAAUGCAAUAUUGCAAUCGAUAUCUUGAUGUCUUGCAGUAAAAACUGUACCUUGAAGAAGUAUUCAUACCCUUCAACUUUUUCACAUUUUGUCACUCUACAACCACAAACUUUAAAGUAUCUUAUCGAGAGUUUUUGUCAUAUGUACACAAAGUAGCACAUGAUUGUAGAGUGGAAUGAAAAUGAGACAUGGUUUUCAAAAAUUUAAACAAAAAUCUGAAAAGCGUGGUGUGCAUUUGUAUUCAGCCCCCUGUACUCUGAUACCCCUAAAUAAGAUGCAGUGCAAUCAAUUGCCUUCAGAAGUCACCUAAUAAGUUAAUAGAGUCCACCUGUGUGUAAUUUAGUAUCAGCAUAAAUACAACUGUUCUGUGAAGGCCUCAGUGCUUUGUUAGAGAACACUAGUCAACAAAGAGAUUCAUGAAGACCAAGGAACUCACCAGACAGGUCAGGGAAAAAGUUGUGGAGAAGUUUAAAGCAGGGAUAGGUUAUAAAAAAUAUAUGUCCAAAGCUUUGAACAUGUCAAGGAGCACUGUUCAAUCCAUCAUCCAAAAAUGGAAGAAGUAUGCCAUAACUGCUAACCUACCAAGACAUGGCCGUCCACCUAAACUGACAGACCGAGCAAGGAGAGCAUUGGUGAGAGAAGCAGCCAAGAGGCCCAUUGUCGCUCUGAAGGAGCUGCAGAAAUCCACAGCUCAGGGGGGACAAUCUGUCCACAGGACAACUAUUAGUCGUGUACUCCACAAAUCUGGCCUUUAUGGAAGAAUGGCAAGAAGACACAGGGGGAGCUGAAUACAAAUGCAUACCACACUUUUCAGAUUUUAAUUUGUUAAAAUUUUUGAAAACCAUGUAUCAUUUUCGUUCCAUUUCACAAUCAUGUGCUACUUUGUGUUGGUCUAUGACAAAAAAUCUCAAUAAGAUACUUUAAAGUUUGUGGUUGUAGAGUGACAAAAUGUGAAAAAGUUCAAGGGGUGUGAAGACUUCUUCAAGGCACUGUAUGUUCAGGGAUCUUAAACACAUUGAUUGACAUGUCACAUAGGUUGGAUUUUCAAAGAAAGACAAACCUGCACCCAGCACGUCCUCAUCCCCAACUGCUGCUGUUUGCCAAAACUCAGAAGUCAAAGAUUCCCCCAGGGUCCACACUCCAAAUAGACCCUCAAGCCCCCGAGGAUCAAAGACCCCCAAGCAGGAGGCAGAGAUGGAGGCAUGCAGCACUGAUGAGAAACAAAACGCAUACACUGGAACACUAACACCCAAACCUGAGGUGUGCAAGCUUUAUCCAUCAACUGAAGUGCUUGAUUCACUAUGAAAGGAAAACAAUCUGCAACAUGUUUCCUCAGUUAACAUCUUUGUGUUUGUCUGCAGGUGCUAUCUGUUAGUUUGAGUGAUAGCUUCUCUUCCCAAAUGGAUGUGAAAGGGAAAAUCGGUGCUACAACCUUAAAGGAGAAUGUCUGUCAGGUGAGAUAAAUACAACCUUUUGAGGCUUUUUGUGGAAAGAUUAGCAGGAUUUUUCUCACUUACUGUUUGUGUGGAUGUUUGUGCAGGUGUGUGAGAAGACAGGAGAUCUGCUGCUGUGUGAGGGACACUGCUAUGGUGCCUUUCACCCACAGUGUAUCAGCCUGUCAGCUGCUCCAAAGGGAAAGUUCUUCUGUCCUGAAUGCAACACUGGUAGGUUGCAAAAUAAUCCAAAAAUACCCGUCACACUUGGUGAUAAAUAAAUAGAUAUUUUAGUUUGACUAUUGUUCUGUCUCCUCACACGGAGGAGUUCGGCAUCUUAACAGGUUUCUUGGUCUAAUGACCCUUUUUUUAGUCUUAAUCAUGUGUGCAUCUUGUUAUGAAGGAGCCUGGUUUUCAUGGGAACUUGCAAAAAAGAUCUCUGCAAAAAUUAAAUAUAUGGGAGGCAAGUUAUUUUGAAACCUCUGGAUCAUUAUGAUUGAAUGACAACUUACCUAUGAAACCAUGGUAACAUGGAGUUCCUAUCUGUGAGAAGAGUUCAUCCCAGUGCUUGUUCCUGUAAACAAUUCAUUCACCUUAAUGAAUGGUACUCCAUUCAGCUGUGGCCAUGACUUCAAGCAGAACUCAGUCUGUAGCAGAGCGGGGAAACUGAAUAAGACCAGCAGCGUCAGAAUCGGGGCUUAAAAAAAAAAUCUGUCUCUAAUCAUAUCUUCUUCUUUGUUGCUUACAGGUGCACACUCCUGCUUUGUGUGCAAGAAUUCUGGGAACGGGGUUAAACGCUGUAUCAUACCACUGUGCGGGAAGUUCUACCAUGCUGACUGUAUACUGGCAUACUCAGCCACACAGCAACAUAACAAAGGCUUUCGCUGCCCUCUACACGUGUGCCUGUCUUGCCACAUCACGAACCCUAACAAUGUCUGCAGCUCAAAAGGUAAGAUGCAUUCAUAUUAUUGAGCUCGACAGGGAAAGUGUGUAAAAAAAAAAAAGACCGCAGCCAUGUUGUUUUGCAGCAUCAGUCAUUAGUUGAGUUCUUGUGGCAGAGGAAAGUCAUAAUCACAUUUAUUAAGGUACUCAUAAGUGUUUCUCUCCUUUCUUUACAUGCAGGUCAGUAAGAGUGGGUUACAAUAGUUACUGGACACUCUGUGUUUGUCACUUUGAAGCUGUUCUUUAACGCUUAAUUUUAUGACCAGAGAGAAAACAAACUAAAAUAAUAUCAGUUAGGCAAUACAAAACAAAGCUAUGUUGACAGUUUUGCAUCUUUGUUUUAUCACAUCCAACAGCCUUAAAUUUACAGCUAAUGCUCCAUUACAUAAAGUUUUUGUUAAUUAAGAUUUGACGACAUGACCUGACUUAGAAAUGUUCACUACACUGGAUUUUGGUUAAAAUAGUCACAAUUAGAUCUUGUUUUAUUUUGCCUUUAUGUUAGUUCGGUGUUUCAAAGUGUAUUUUAAAAAAAUCAAUCAGUGUUUGUUCUUUAAUCAAAUGUCCAGAUGUGCAUGGUUUCAGCUCUCUCUCUCCUUGUUUGUGUUUUCAACAUAGGUCGAUUGGCUCGUUGUGUUCGCUGCCCUGUUGCCUAUCAUGCCAACGAUAACUGUAUGGCGGCAGGCAGUUUGGUGCUGGCCAAUAACAGCUUCCUAUGUCCAAACCACUUCACUGCACGCAAAGGCUGCAAAAACCACGAACACAUCAACGUCAGCUGGUGCUUCGUCUGCUCUGAAGGUAACUCAGGCCUGUUUUUUUUUAAUAUUUUAAUUUUAACCUGAAGUUGUUUUAGUACUUUGACAUUGUAAAAAUAAACAUGCAGCUCAGUAACUUGGUGGGUCUUGUUAUAAACCCUUUUCAAAAAGUCUACUUGUUUUCGGUACAAGUGUCUGCUUAAAAAUGCACUACGUGAUUCACAUGUAGUAAAUUCAUCUGAAUCUUUUAUUAGAUUGAUAAUCAGACCAAACCACAAAAAUCAACGUGAUGGUUAUGUGAAGUACAGAUACGAAAGUGUGUAGAAGCUCACCUGUGUGUCCUGUCUGUUGCUGUGGUUUGAAGGGGGCAGUCUGUUGUGCUGUGAAGCCUGUCCCGCUGCUUUCCAUCAGGAGUGUUUGAACAUCGAGAUGCCUCAGGGCAGCUGGUUCUGCAAUGACUGUAAGGCAGGGAAGAGGCCUCGGAUUAAGGACAUACUUUGGGUCAAAUGGGGACGUUACAGGUAGGGCCUCAGCAGAACCUUCCCGUUACUCCCAGACUUUCAGAGCAACAUCAAAAAUCUGCUUUUUUUUUCAUUUCUGACCUCUGAUCUGACUCUCCAGGUGGUGGCCUGCUGAAGUCUGUCUAGCCAAAGACGUCCCAAAUAACAUCUUGAGACUGAAACACGAUGUGGGGGAGUUCCCAGUGCAGUUCUUUGGCUCUAAAGAUUUUGUGUGGACGUACCAGGCCAGAGUUUUCCCCUACAUGGAGGGUGACACGCACAACAUAGAAAAGAUGGGAAAGGGUGCAGACGCAGUGUACAAAAAGGGUAUAUUUGUCUCCGAUGACUGCAUUCACUAUGAAGAAUCCUUUGACAUUUAUGUUUGUUUGACUGUUUGAGUAAAAAUGUUUUUUUCCUAUAUAGCUCUGACUGAAGCAGCUGAACGGUUCAGAGAGCUUCAGGCAGAAAAAGAGAUGCGGCAGCUUCAGGAGGACAGAAAGAACGAUAAGAAACCUCCACCAUAUAAACACAUCAAGGUACCUUAGACCGCCAACAUCCUAUACUCACUCCUUUUUUACCUUACUGAAGAGGAAUCCACUGCGAUAUAUGUUUAUUAAAACCUUCACCCUGGUCUCCGGCCUUCAGGUAAACCGGCCAGUAGGAAAGGUGCAGAUCAUAACUGCUGACCUUUCUGAGAUCCCACGCUGCAACUGCAAGGCAUCAGAUGAGAACCCGUGUGGCAUUGACUCAGAGUGCAUAAACCGCAUGCUCAUGUACGAGUGCCACCCUCAGGUGUGUGUAGCAGGGGAGCGCUGUCAGAACCAGACCUUUACAAAGCGUCAGUACACAUCUGUGGAGAUCUUCAGGACACUGUCGUGCGGCUGGGGUUUACGUGCCGUGUCAGACAUUAAGAAGGUACUUUAGGAGAAUUCAGAUAAAAACAAAUAUGCAUGACCUUACAACCAACUUCAUACUUAAUUAUUGUUCCUUCUCAGGGAGCCUUUGUGAGUGAAUAUGUCGGAGAGGUGAUUGAUGAAGAAGAAUGUCGAGCCCGGAUCAAACACGCUCAGGAGAACGACAUCUGUAACUUCUACAUGCUCACUCUGGACAAGGUGAUUCUGAGCCUGAAGACCAUAAACACAGACUCUCUAUAUGAUACAGCUUAGCAGCAUGCUACAUUUACUAUGUAGGUCUCAUGUUUGGUGUUAUAAACCAGUUUUUAUUUUGUUUUUCAGGACCGGAUCAUUGAUGCUGGGCCCAAAGGAAACCUCGCUCGCUUCAUGAAUCACAGCUGCCAGCCAAACUGUGAGACUCAGAAGUGGACUGUGAACGGGGACACCAGGGUGGGGCUGUUUGCUCUACAAGACAUCCCAAAAGGUUUGAACAACCACCCACAUCUUAUUCUGAUGUCUUGUAAAUCUGUAUACUGCAGAGAUCUAAUACAACCUGUUCUGUAGGUGUGGAGUUGAAGUUCAACUACAACCUGGAGUGUCUGGGAAAUGGCAAAACUGCCUGUAAAUGUGGAGCACCAAACUGCAGCGGUUUCUUGGGUGUUCGGCCAAAAGUAAGAGUCUACACUGGUGUAGAUUAAGUGCUGAACAACCACAAGUUCAACUAUCAGAGGAUUCCCUGACUAUCUUCUCUCUCCUCAGAACCAGCCAUCAGCUGAAAAACCGAAGGAAGGGAGGAGGAGAGUUGGCAUGAAGAAGAAGACCAAGCAGGAAGUGACAAAGGAGAGGGAGGAUGAGUGCUUCAGCUGUGGUGAUGGAGGUCAGAUAGUGUCCUGUAAGAAGCCGGGAUGUCCGAAGGUCUAUCAUGCUGACUGUCUCAACCUGGCCAAGAGGCCUGCAGGCAAGUAGGAGCGGAAGGUUGAAUAUUAAACACAUAUUGAUAAACAGAGAACAGACAUCACCAGGCAGAAAAUACGAAGGCCAGUUUAAACGGUUCAAUCUUUGAACUCAAAACUAGUGUCACCAGAAACCUACUUUACUUUGUAAGAAAACUAUACUAUUCUUUGGUUGACCAGGUGACCCAGGUUUAAUUCCACCUGGUAGCCCCUUUCCUGCAUGUCAAACCUGCUUUCUUCAUUUCCUGCUUCCUCCACUAUCCUCUAUCUGUCAACUAAGCCAAAAAGAGCAAAAAUGUAAUGUUACUGUUCUAACCAUGAGCCCAAGAUAAGAAAUAGUUCUGGAGGUACUGAUGAUGUUGAUUAUGUUUGCAGGACGAUGGGAGUGUCCAUGGCACCAGUGUGACAUCUGUGGUAAAGAAGCUGCGUCGUUCUGUGAGAUGUGUCCCAGCUCGUACUGCAAAGAACAUCGAGAAGGAAUGCUCUUCAUCUCCAAACUGGACGGCAAACUCUCUUGUAGUGAACAUGACCCCUGUGGGCCUGACCCCCUUGAGCCAGGGGAGAUCCGUGAAUACAUACCCAACAUGACCUCCAUGAGGCCCGGGACUACUGCUGUUCCUGUCUCUCUCUCUAUGGUGUCGAACUCCAGAAGAGCCAAUUCUGCCCCCAUCACUUCUUCUGGCAGUCAGGCUGCUGUGGCCAGGUCGGGUCCUCCUCCACGUCUCUACAUCAACACAAAGACAUCUACCUCCAGCUUCAUCCCCUCCAACACGUCUUACCUCACAGACAGGACUGAGGGCAAAGGGUUCUCCACUCUCACACCCUCCAAAGAUGAGAGGGAGGAGGGUGAGGUGGAGGAGGGGGAGGUGUGUGGGUUAGAAGUGGAAGAAGAUGAUGAUACUGCUGCUGAUGAUGAAGACGACGAUGAUGAUGAUGAAGAUGAUGAUGAAGAAGAGGAGGAUGAUGAUGAUGAAGAAGAAGUAGCAGCUGAGGGGGAGGAUGAAAUGGAGGAGAUGGAGGUUGUGGAGGAUGAGGAUGAGCAGCUGUAUGGGGGCGACCAUCUGGAGGAACAGGACGAGGAUGAAGAGGGGGGUGUAUAUGACACUUGGGGUGAUUAUGUGGAUGAAGAUGGUGAUGAUGGAGAGGUGGAGGGAGAAGACUCGGAGGAGUGGGGGAGAGUGGAGGAUGAUAAGUGACUCAGUCCUUCCACACCUUCAUACCUUAAAAAAAACUUUCAAGAGACAUUCAAAGGAGAAAAAGUGAGUGACAGACUAGAAGAGUUUGAUAUUUUGGUACCUACUUGAACGCGUCACUGCCUUCACUUUGGUACUUUGUUGCCUUCUCGUCCCCACACUGCUGGACUUACAGUGGGGAGGUGUAAUGGUGCUAAGGCUCAAGGACUUUCUCAGUCCAUCUCUUUAUACUUCUGUUUAAAUGUUUAUUUGUGUCUGGUGCUGUUCAGUUCUUCUGUUUGUUCUCUCUACAUUGUUUACAUUUUGGGUCUUUUUUAAUGUUUGGAAUAUUAGAAAAGGUGAGAAGCUCCACCUGACCAAACUUUCAUCUUAACGCCGCCUGACAUCGUUACCGUCUUAACUUUUCUAAAAUCGAACGAUUGAAUAGUGUUCUCACUGGUCUAUGUUACAGCUAAGCACAGCACAACAUGUUGUGUGCUUUUGAGGAAUGCAAAAAUAAAACUCACUGGAGUCAUCAAGACUUUCUCACUAUAAAAACAGCCGCUUCUUUUAUUUAUUCAUCUCUUUUUCUUCAACAGAAAGUCAAAGCUCCUGAUUGCAGAAAACACAAGUUUCUACUGACUCCAAAUGCAUCACUGACAUAACCUUUUUUUGCAUCUAUCACAGCUGUCCCGUUUACUUACUGAGGAAAUAAACGCACGGUACUUCAA